GCCCGCCUCGGCACGGCACGGCACGGCACGGCACGGCACGGCACGGCCACGGCAUCGCACGGCACGGCACGGCACGGCAUCGCAGGGCUUGUCUUGGCGCGGCACGGCUCGGCACCGCUCGGCGCGGCGCGGUUCCGCUCGGCUCGGCACGGCUCGGCGCGGCUCGGCACGGCACGGCUCGGCUCCGGCAGGUCCCGAGCCAUUCAAACAAGUGGCUCCGGCAGCACUUGGGAGCCGGGGCUGGAGACAGGGCGCAGAGCGGCUCCCCCUGCCCCGGAGGCGCCGGGCCCUUCACACUGCCUCUUUCUCUGGCGCUCGCUCUUUAUUUGACGAUGAAAUAAUGUUGACAUGUCUUGAAUUAUUAAGUAUUCCCUGGAUUUUAUUAGCACAUGAUGCCUAAAUGCUGCCUGUAUCUGCCGGGGUCUUAACCAGAGAGGAGCGAAGGAGAGAGGCAGAGACACAGCGCGAGGGAGAGGAGAGAGAGGGGUUUUUGACAGCUGUAUUUGUGCUGAUAAGCGAAGGCACAAGGAGACGAUCGACUAGUGAGACAAGAGGGAAGCGGCGGCUCGGAGCUGCUGAGAGGGGCUGCGCUUCCCUCCCGAGACGGCUCGGCCCUCCCGGCGCCGUGCUGGGGCUUGGGGGGGACCCGAGCCCCCUCCCAGCGCCUGGCCGGGCUCUCGGCCGGUGCCCGUGCCGGGGGGCAGCCCGCUGGCUGGGCACGCCGGCCGCGCGGGGCAGAUGCCGAUUGAGAUUGUGUGUAAAAUCAAAUUUGCCGAGGAGGAUGAGAAGCAGAAGGAGAAAGAAGAAGGGGACAAGGAGAGCCUGAUCGAGGAGCCCGCGCGGCCCCGCUCCCGGGACCUGGCCGCCUUCGCCAGCGCCAGCACGCUGCACGGCCUGGGGCACAUCUGCCGCUCGGGGCGGCUGGGCGUGCGCCAGACCCUCUGGGCGCUCGCCUUCCUGGCCUCGCUCGCCUUCUUCCUCUACCAGGCAGCCAAGUCGGCGCUGCUCUACCUGGAGCACCCCCACGUCAUGGCCUUGGACGAGGAGGCCAUCCGCGAGAUGGUCUUCCCCGCCAUCACCAUCUGCAACAUCAACCGCUACCGCCACUCGGCGCUCACCGACGCCGACAUCUUCCACCUGGCCAACAUGACCGGGCUGCCCCCCAAGGACCGCGACGGCCACAAGGCCACGGACCUGCUCUACCCCGACCCCGACAUGGCCGACAUCGUCAACCGCACCGGCCACCAGCUCGACGACAUGCUCAAGAGCUGCAACUUCAGCGGCGAGAACUGCUCCUCCCGGGAUUUCACUGUGGUCUAUACGCGCUACGGCAAAUGCUACACCUUCAACGGGGACCGGAGGAACCCGCGGGUCACCCGCCAGGGCGGCAUGGGCAACGGGCUGGAGAUCAUGCUGGACAUCCAGCAGGAGGAAUACCUGCCCAUCUGGAGGGAGACCAACGAGACAUCAUUCGAAGCUGGCAUCCGAGUCCAGAUCCACAGCCAGGACGAGCCGCCCUACAUCCAUCAGCUGGGCUUCGGCGUUUCGCCUGGCUUCCAGACCUUCGUGUCCUGCCAGGAGCAGCGGCUCACCUACCUGCCGCAGCCGUGGGGGAACUGCCGGGCCAGCGUGGCGGGGGAGCAGACGCUGCCCGGCUACGACACCUACAGCAUCGCCGCCUGCCGCCUGCAGUGCGAGAAGGAGGCCGUGGUGCGCAGCUGCCACUGCCGCAUGGUCCACAUGCCAGGCAACGAGUCCAUCUGCUCUCCCAACGUGUACAUCGAGUGUGCUGACCACACGCUGGACGCGGCGGUGGAGGACAGCCAGGAGCGCUGCAGCUGCCCCACGCCGUGCAACCUGACCCGCUACGGCAAGGAGAUCUCCAUGGUGCGCAUCCCCAACAAGGGCUCGGCGCGCUACCUGGCCCGCAAGUACAACAAGAACGAGACCUACAUUCGGGAGAACUUCCUGGUGCUGGACAUCUUCUUCGAGGCACUCAACUAUGAGGCCAUUGAGCAGAAGAAAGCCUACGACCUUGCCGGGCUUCUUGGGGACAUCGGGGGACAGAUGGGGCUGUUCAUCGGCGCCAGCAUCCUCACCAUCCUGGAGAUCCUGGACUACAUCUACGAGGUGGUCCGCGACAGGCUGAGCCGCGUCCUGCGCCGCUCCAAGCCGCCCCUGAAGAAGCCCUCGGGCAGCAUCGCCACGCUGGGGCUGGAGGAGCUCAAGGACCAGAGCCCCUGCGAGACGCUGGGCCGGCACGUGGAGGGCGCCUACAACGCGGGCAUCCUGCCCAACCACCACCACCGCCACCACUACCCGCACCAGGGCGUCUUCGAGGACUUCGCCUGCUAGGCCAGCGGGGGACAGGGGGCGGCCAGCCCCCACCCCCUGCCGUCCCCUCCCCGCCGUCCUCACGGAGAGGGACCGCGGCACCGGGAGCGGCCGCGCCGCUCGCCCCUGGCCGUGCCACCGGAGCCACCUGGGCACCGGCACCGCCGCGGCCCCCAGCCCCUCCGCCCAGCCCCUCCGCUUGCCCCCGGCGUGCGGGGUCGGCCCUGUCUCAAGCACACGGUACGGGGGGGGGCGCCCCCCGUCCAGCAGCAAGAGCAGCCCCGGGCCCCCAGCUGCAUGCCAGGGGGGCUUCGGGGGAGCAGAGGGGCCCCCGUGAUGCAGAGCAUGCCAGGAGCUGGGUUUCCCGCGAGCCCCUCCAGGCCCUUCCCUGCUGACCCCUCCUGGGGGGUCUCUGCCCUGCCCCGUCCCCCCGGGGAGGGCCGUGCCCGGACCACCGGUCCCCUCCCAGGGAAUGUGGCAGGGUCAGGGGCUCCCACCUGCAGUCACACCUGCAUGGCACCACCCUGCCGCCCCUCCGGCCCCUGGCACCACCACCACUGUGACACCCCCACCACCAUCUCCCCUCCCUCCCCAGCCCCACGCAGCCCCCCCAGGGCUGCAGCCCCCCGCCCCGUAGCUGCUCCCAGCCAGACCCCUGCACUGUGACCCCCCCCCACUCCAGUGUUAGCCCCCAGCCCCGCAGACCUCUCCCCGCUCUCCUGCCCCAAACCCUGUCCCCCCAGUGCCCCACAGCCCCCUCCAGCCUCUCCGCACCCGUGCAUCGCCCAAAGCAGACUGUCCUCAGGCACAGCCGCCCUUUUGCACCGUGCACGUACCCAGCCCUGCCACGUCCCCCCCCCGGGUGCUGAGCGCCCGCUGUGCCUCCCCCAGCCCGGAUGGGGUCAGGAGGGUGCCCGGUGCCCAGCACAGGGGGGGUGGCAGGACCCCAUCAGGACCCCCCCGGUGACCCCUUCCUGUAGGACAUCUCCUCCCCCUCCAGUGUAGCAGACACCAGCGCAGGGCAAACAGCCCCAAAAUAUCUCAGGAGGGGGGGGGCGGCUGGCAAAGCCCCCCUCGACACGCACACACGGCAGAGAGGGGGACCCGCGGCAGGAACUGGUGACACCGGGGGGAGAUGGGGCAGAGCCAGGCUGGGUCCCAUCCCUAGUGCCCCAAGACCCGUGAGGGCACAGCCGUGUCGUGGCCAAAGCCAUAGAUGCAGGAGGAGCCCCUCCACCACAGUGGUGUGCCCGGGAGGGUGUCCUGGUCCCCGUGGGUGGUGGCACGCGUGGCGUGGGACCCCAGCCCCAGGGAACAGCCACCCUGCGCCCACCACGUGCUCCUGCACCACCCCCCGGGUGCAAGCAGAAGCAUCCCCGCAGCGAUGCCAGGCGUCAGCCGGGGCCGUGCCGGGCCCCCCACCCAGCACCAGAGGGGGAAGGAGGGUGCCUGGGUGCCGGGUGCAGGAUGUGGCCCCCUCCCUGGCAGCGGGAGCGAGCCCCGGGCAGGGUGGGCGCGGGCACGGCGGGAGGUGACCGUCGGAGGUGUGCGUCACUGUUUUAUAGAUGUACAAAAGCUCCCUAAUAAAGAGGCACAAGUAGGUCCA